AUGGCGCCGUCGACUCCAGAAGCGUCCGAAAGCCUUGUGUGCCUCUUCAACGACUGCACACACCCCGCCACGUUGCCGUCCCUCAAGUGCGCGUUCCACAAAGGCCGCGGCAAGUGCAAACGCCCCGACUGCCACAACCAAGUGUACGCGAGGCAGUUGUGCGUGCGCCACGGCGGCAAGAAGAUCUGCAUCGAGCCGCACUGCACGGCGCACGCCCGCGGCAACGCGUACUGCCUCAAGCACGGCGGCGUCGCCAAGCGGCGGACGUGCGAGGUCGACGGGUGCGUCAAGCUCGCCCACGCGAAUCACAAGUGCGUCGCGCACGGAGGCGGUCGGUACUGCAAGUCGCCGGGGUGUACAUUUCACGCGCGGUUCGCGGGGCUGUGUCUCCAAUGCAACUCGGACCUGGCGCCGCUCGACCUCAAAAGCCACGUCCUCCUGCCGCUGGACGACGUCGACAUGUCGAUCUUGCAAGUCAUUGCCAAGGAAUUCCUCGUGGAAUCACACCCCACCAACCAAACCCUGCCGCCGGUCUCGCCAUGGGAAGUGGGCCGAAGCAGUUUGGUAGCCGCAUGAGGCCGAGGACAAUUGCGACCGUAUUGUAACCUAGACAAGCGUCGAUUCACACAUCGCAGCGCCCACACCAGUGUGCAGACAACGCCAAUGCUGGUGCGCAAGCAAAGUCGCUGGGACCCCGACCGACCCUCCCCACUGAGCCUAGCUGUUCUCGUAAUUCAGUCCUGUCGUUCGAAA